AUGAGAGCCUUCGCCAUUGCCGCCGGGCUUCUGACCCUGCUCUCCCCGGUCGUCGCAAGCUCCGACUCGACCGCCGCCGCGGCAGACAAGGUGUCCAAAGUCAACCUGCCCACCAACUUCAAGCCACCCCAGGUCUUCAAGAACGCCAACCUUGUCCACAUUAUCUCUUUGGAGAAAAACUACGCCAAGGAGACCAUCAACGUCUUGAUUGAGAACAUUGACAAGCAGCCCCAAGAUGAAUACUAUCUACCCUUCACCCCCGCCCAGAUGUCCCGCAUUGGAGGCUUCGAGGCCAAGGACAGAAAGAAUCCAGAAGCUGGUCCUUUUGCUGUCGACGUAGUUGAGAUUGAUCCCCUGAGCGAGACUCAGUACUUCAAGAUUCAGCUCCCCACGCCCUUGAAGGCAGGUGGUCAGCAGACGCUGACCAUCUCUUACUACUUCCUCCGGGCCUACAGCCCCCUUCCUGCCUCGAUUGCCCAAGACGAGCAACAGUACCUCACAUACGACUUCUCCGUGUACGCGCCAUCGGCCUACGUCACCUCGAAGCAGAAGACGGAGGUCAAGGCCCCCUCGUCCAACAUCCCCGACUUCACCAAGCUCCCCGGAAGCGGUGACAUCAAAGAGUUCCCUCAGAAGCAAGGCGCCAAGCUCGUCUACGGCCUCUUUGAUGAGAAGCCCGCUGGUGCAGUCGCCGCUGCCCAGGUGCGGUUCGAGUUCACCAAGCCCGUCACCCAUGUCGCCAGACUCGACCGCGACAUCGAGGUCAGCCACUGGGGUGGAAACGUGGCUUUCGAAGAGAGAUACGAACUCUACCACCGCGGCGCAAACCUUUCCAAGCUCUUCAACCGAGUCAAGUGGGCGCAGGCGCAGUACUACAACCCCAACACGUACGCGCUCAAGGAGAUGAAAUUCCCGUUGAAGGUCGGAAGUGCCGAUCCAUACUUUAUCGACGUCGUUGGUAACGUCUCUACAUCAAGAUUCCGCUCCAACAAGCGCGAAGCUCUUUUGGAGAUUAAGCCGCGCUACCCUAUCUUUGGCGGUUGGAAGUACCCCUUCACCAUUGGCUGGAACUCGGAUGCGAAGAACUUUGUUCGCACCGUCGAUGCUGGCAAGUACGUUGUCAACGUGCCCUUCUUGGAGGGUCCUAAGCAGCCCGAGGGUGUUGAGUACGGACAAGUCAACUGGCAAAUCCUUCUGCCGGAGGGAGCAACGAACGUCAAGUUUUACACCAGCCUUCCCCAGUCUUCGAUUACGAACACGACCAUUGGCGUACACAAGACGUAUCUAGAUACCGUUGGCCGCACAUCCGUCACCAUCAAGGCGAUCAACCUUGUCGACGAAUUCCGCGACCGGGAGGUGAUUGUGUCGUACGAGUACUCGGUUGUCUCCGCCCUGCGGAAGCCUAUUGUUAUCUUCAGCAGCACGGUCGUCCUGUUCGUUGCUGCGUGGCUCGUUGGAGGAGUGAACCCCAAGAUUUCGGGCAAGAACUAG